AUGGAGUUAGCCCACCGAAUUAUUGAUAUCCCAACCACCAAAGACUUGAACAUCACUGAAAGCAGCCUCUCAGAGUCUAUAUCAUCUGGUGGGGUAGGGUCAUUUGAUGAUCACAUGCUAUCCGGCAAUAGCAAGGGUUCAUUGGACCCAUCUAAUAAUGGGAAUGAAGUGAUGUCCAGUGAGGAGGACUUUAAUCAAUCUUUGACAGAACAUAUCUUUGGAUUAUUCUUUAACAUUGUCUCUGUUGCUCUCCUUGCAAAACAGCCUGAACUUGCUCAAACACAUCAUUUGUCGUGCAACUGGAGCACAGCAAACUCAACACGCCCAGUACAUGGUGAAGAUAUCAAACACAAACCAGAUCUGGCCUUAUUAGACAAUUCAUACUCAAAUUGGUUCCCCAUCCACAUCCAGAAGGACUUGAAAGAUUCACAAGUCAAGGCUGCCAGUGAGGGAAAGGGUGAGAGUGAGGGCAAGGGUGAGAGGAAGGGCAAGGAUAAUGACGAUGAGUUCCCUGUGGAGCUCCCUAUAGAAGUACUUGAAGACCCUCUGCGUUCACCCCUUCCAGAACCUAUCGGCAAGAUUCAUGGUCUUGUUGGGUGUGGUUCCAUUUGUUACCUGGCCGGGAAAGAUGAUGAAGAAUUCAUUAUUAAGGACCACUGGGUUCUAGGGGGAGAGAAGGAGGCUAUGAAUGAGAUCAACAUGAUGAAGAAGAUGAGUGGAGUCUGCAGUGUUCCUACCCUCAUCGAGCAUUGGUUUGUUGAGUCCGGGAACAAAAAGGAAGCAGUGGAAGAGCGCAAGGUUCUCCAUCAUGACUGCAGUUUGAACAAUGCUAUGAUUGAGAAUGAUGGGCAAGACACUCACAGGAUGCUGAUAGACUGGGAGUUUGCUGUUAGUAUUUUGAAGAGCAGGAACUACACUGUCGGGGGCACUACUCAUGACUGGAUACCGCAUCAAUGGUCUGUGUCCAAAUUUAAGUUGUGCUGUGAUAGCAAAACAUCAUUCUUCUGGCACAUGGAGCACUAUGUCAAGGAACUUAGCAAGCAGUUCCAUCCAUACAUCAAAAAACUCCUCCCUAUCGCAUUGGAGUGGUACCAUCUGAUGAGAGAAACAACAAAGGUAACCUUCAAUGACAUAAUUGAGAUGCUAGAGAGACAUAUCACAAACCUUCUGAUGAAUGAGCCGUCACCUGAGCUCCUUGUCUCAUGGUGGUUACUCAAAGGCCUCAAGGCAGAACACUCGGUAAGCAGUGGCGAAGAGGGGGAAUCACAAUCACUCAUAGAUGAGGCCCGCAGUAAUAACAAACAAGUCAUAGAUUACUGA